CGUGAACAUCUAAAGGUGUCAACAGAACACUCAAAUCUACAACCACACCAUAGAUACAGCUACCAAAGCACAUCGUCUGUACAGGCUCAAAAACGUAAAGCGACAUCGCACAAUGGCCACUGCCAGGUCCCGAUCGCCGUCUGGGUUUCCCGAUGCAACACCCAUAAACCUGGGUCGGUUGCUGUCAAGGCUGGAGCAUACUGUUCUUGUCGAGCCUUCGCCACAGCUUAGGAAGUCACCUUACGAGCGCGCGCGUGUCAGUGCUAAUAUUGAACAUGCACGCACUCUCCUUCUCAACCUUGAGCACUCGGCCUCCUCGCUACCCUCUAAGUCGAAGAAGUCGGCGCUGCAAGCGGAUCUGCAGCAGAAACGUGAGAUCAUAAAGCAGUUGAACCAGCGGAUAUAUGAACUCAAUCAGCUAGAUGACACAGAGUCAGAGGAUUCUGUGGAUUCCGACGCAGACGAGGACCAAUUCCCCUCGUAUGCGCCGAGGAUACAGGCGAACGAGGGGCUCGACAUUACGUCGAAGGACGGAGAGAGCAACGAGGCACUUCAGAAUGCUGCAAGAAAUUUGACUUCGCAGAUUCGGCGGAGAGGACAAGCAGUAGAAGCAGAAGGAACGCAGACAGCGUCGGGAACCUCCCUGCAUCCAGCCAAGGCGACUACAACGACGAGCAAUACUUCGCUAGCAAAUGCGGAAGCGCUGCUGUCGCAUGAUCGCAAUGAGCAAGAGAACUUGACGGAAAGUCUCUUUCAAAUGGCAAAGCAGCUCAAAGCACAGUCGAUACAUUUCAGUAAUACCCUCGAGGGCGACAAAGGCAUUGUGGACCGAGCAAUAUCAGGCCUGGAUAAAAAUCAAAUCAACAUGGAUGCCGCCAGCCAAAGAAUGGGUACACUUAGGCGCAUGACUGAAGGCAAGGGCUGGUGGGAUCGUAUGAAGCUCUAUGCAAUGAUCGGCGGGCUUUGGCUGCUGGCUUUUGUCAUCGUCUUCGUCGGGCCCAAGAUACGGUUCUGAUGUUGCCGCUACACAGCCCUGGCGAGGCGUUUCUGCGACAAGAUUGUUCCCCAACGCAUCCCGUUCAGCCAAUAUCAACAUUCCCAGUUACGGUGCAUCCGACGCAUGCACGGCCUCGUGGCCUUACCCAGUGCAGGUGCGCGAUCGUGAAUUGAUCGCGAACCCCGGCGAUCUGGGCCCUGCGCAAGCUUGUUUGCUUUGAGCCGCUUUAGCGCCGAGCCGAGCGUUGUGCUGCCAUUGCUCAGGAACAGCAACACAUCCUCACACCAUCUACUUAUACACCUUGUGCUAC